AUGCAUAACUACUCUGGAUUAAUUUAUAUUUCUAAUGGGUUUGGCCCCAAGCCAAUUCCUUUGAAAAAUGUUAAUAUUGAAGCUAGCGUGGUGGAUAUGAUCGCUGAAGUUGUCAUUUCUCAAACCUAUACAAACGUCGAAAACGAUACGAUUGAGGCUAUUUAUAAAUUUCCAAUUCACGAAGCUGCGGCGGUAUGCUCUUUUGAGGCUGAAAUUGAUGGUAAAACAAAGGUCAAAGGUAUUGUUAGAGAAACGGAGAAGGCUGUAAAGGAAUACAACACUGCUAUUCAGGAAGGUCAUGGUGCUUUUCUAAUGAAUAGUCAACUUCCUGAUGUGUUUGAAUGUAUGGUUGGGAAUAUUCUUCCAAAACAGACCGUAGUCAUCAACAUUACCUAUGUUACUGAACUUAAACAUGACGCAGAAACUGAGAAAAUUCGUUUCGCGCUUCCCACUUCAAUUGCUCCAAGAUAUAGAAGUGGCCCAUCAGAAAUUCCUUCGUUUGCAAGCAAUUUGCCUCUUGUCAACACUGUUGAAACUACUAAUAAUUUAUCGAUUUCCGUUACGUGCCGAAUGACAUCCUUCAUUACAAGUAUUGAAUCACCAUCACAUUAUAUAUCUACUGAAUUAAAUAUUGAUGGAAACCCAAAAAUUUCUAGAGUUACUUUGAAUGAGCAGGCGAAUUGUUUAGAAAAAGAUUUCGUGUUAGUCAUUAAAAGUCAAAGUCUUGAUCAGCCAAGAGCAUUUGUUGAAUAUAAUCCAGUAACCGAAACGAAUUGUGUUAUGUUAACCUUGGUUCCAAAAUUUGCUAUCAAUCCGACUUUAACUGAAUUGAUAUUUGUUGUUGAUAGAUCUGGUUCUAUGAAUGGUGCACCUAUUAAAAAGGCUGCUCAGGCGCUUGAACUAUUUUUACGAUCGCUCCCAGAAGAUUCAUAUUUCAAUGUUGUAUCAUUUGGUAGCAAUUAUGAUUCGCUUUUCCCAAAAAGUCAACCUAAUUCUCAAUCUGCGUUAUCAGCUGCUCUUUCUCUUGCUCAAAACAUGGCUGCAAAUUAUUUUGGAACCGAAAUUUAUCAAUGUUUGAAGUGGGUUUUUGAAAACAAGAGAAAUGAUAUGCCAACUGCCGUAUUUCUUCUCACUGAUGGUAGUGUUUGGAAUGUAAGUCAAGUUGCUGACUUAAUUCGAUCAAAAGUAGAAGAAAACAAGGACCUUCGAUUAUUCUCUUUGGGUAUCGGAAGUAAUGUAUCCCAUAAUUUAGUAGAAACUGUCGCGCGUGCUGGAAAAGGAUACGCCCAGUUCGUAACCGACUGUAAUGAUGGGUUUGAAAAAAAGAUUAUUGGAUUUUUGAAAAAUUCGCUCAGACCACCAAUUAAAGAUUACAAAAUCGACUGGACUGUUUAUGAAGUCAUGGAAGUUGAGGAUAAUGAAUCUUCAGAAAAUAUUUCAGAGAAACCUGUUAUCAGCUUUUUUAAUGAAAAUGAUAAGACCCCUCCUUCACUGCUACCAGCAGACGAUUUUGUUUCGAAAUUACAAUUCAGACAAGCUCCAUACGAUGUUCCACCAAUUUAUCAAGGAGUUCGUUUUAUGGUUUAUUGCAUACUUGAAAAAGGAGUUGUACCUAAAGAGAAUAUUACACUUUCCGCGAUGUCUCAAGACGGUCCAAUGAGAUUGGAAAUUCCAGUGGAUCCCGUCAAACUGGAGGGAUCUAAAAUACAUACACUUGCAGCACGCAAACUCAUACAAAAUCUUGAAGAUGGAACUUCGUUUCUUCAUAACCAUCAGAAAUAUCAAGGAAAACAAGUUCCUAAUUCUGUUGUUCGUAGUCAGAUUGUUUCUCUAAGUAAAACAUAUAGUUUGGCAUCCCGUUAUACGAGUUUUAUAGCGAUUGACGAACGAGAUAUAGAUAUGACCAAAGAACAGGAUUAUAAGCCACUACAAAGAGUGGUGCCAAACUAUAUCCCACCCAAUUAUACGAGUUCCUCUUGGUUCAACAACAGUAAAUACUCGGUAUUUGGUGCACCACCUCCUUCAGGUGGUCCUGGUGGUGGAUUUACCCAGCAAGCCCAAAAUAACUUUUUCGGCCAAAAACCAGCUUUUGGAUUUGGCAGCGCACAAACACCAACGCCAUUCUCUUCAUCAACACCAGCUUUUGGAUUUGGUAGCGCGCAAACACAAACACCAGCUUUUGGAGCAAAACCUACAACAACCAGCGGACCUAAUUCACUGUUUGGUAAAUUUCAAUCGACCAUGCCAAAUCAAGAGGACAACAUGUCAGACCUACCGAAUCUAUCGCAAUUUGGUGGAUUCGCAGUUACAACUCAUGCAUCUCCAACAGUAAAUCUAAAUUCAUCAAGUACAACAAAUCAAUCACAAUUUGGUGGAUUUGGUGGACUCGCUUCUACAACUCUUGCAUCUCAAACGGUAAAUAAUCUAAAUUCAUCAAGUACACCAAAUCAAUCACAAUUUGUUGGAUUUAGCGGAUUUGUAACACAUACUCAACCUCAUAUAUUCAAUCAUUCAUCAAAUACAUCUAUUCAAUCGCUAUUUAAUUUUCAACAGGCUAACGUUGAUCAACAAGCAUUUACCUCAGACUCUAUUGAUAUUCCUAAACAGCAAAAUGAUCCAACAAUUCCAACUUUAGAAACCCUUUACAACUUCUUAAGGUUUCAAUCUUUUGACGGAAAGUUCUUGCCGUCCGAUGAUUUUUAUUCAUAUUUCAAAAAAGAUGAAGUAGAAAAUAAUGAUUUAAAAGAAUAUGGUAUUAGAAAUAGUAUAGAUGAGACAAUAUGGACAACUUCGGUAGCGGUAGGGUAUUUGGAAAUUAUUAUGGGUUCCAAGUUUGGAGAAGAAAGUGAUUUGUGUAAAGAAAAGGCUGAAAGAUGGUUAGAAAAAAUGUCUGGUAGUGAAAAGAUGAAGGUUUUGGAAGUUGCGAGAGAGUGGGUGCGGGAAUGGGUUAAGAAAUGGAAUUAG